AAACGGGCUUCUCCUUCCCGCUCGGUGCUCGUUGGUUCUGGGCCUGGGAAGGAGUGCGCUCCAUGAUGAUUCAAGUUGUGGCCUGUCAGUAGGAGAACCGAUUGGGUAUUAUUCGGGGCUGCUGGAUUCGCGCUUCCUUUUCCUGUGUGUAAUCAUUGCAGAAGCGUUGGCGCUCCCGCCCCACACAUCAAGAGCAGCACCCUCGCUUCUUAUGACUGAGCAACGACCACUGCAGAGACAUGAAUGAACAUCCCAAGAAACGAAAAAGGAAAACUUCUUUCCCAUCUCGAUAUGCAGGACAGGCUGCUACUGCAACAUCUCCUGAAGUGUCUGUUCCUGUCAAAACGAUAGAAAACAAUGGAAUAUUCUUUGAUCACUGUUACAGUGUCUGCUCCAUUAUCCCACCGGAAUAUAAACCUCCAGAAACUGAAGAUGAGCUCAGUACUAAUGGAGAGAGCAGGGACAACUGUGAGUCCCCAACGCUAAUCCCGCAGCCGGAUGAUGAGGAUGCAGUCGUGGAGAUCCACACCGAAGAACCUGAGGACGUGCCUUCACCGGUCAGCGAGGAAGACUCGCCGCUUCAGAUCGAUGAAAGUCCUGAGAGCAGUCCUUCGAAUUUGACUGCAGCCCAGAAAUGGCCUUUACUCCGGGCCAACAGCAGCGGCCUGUUCAGAUGUGAGCAGUGUGACUAUAACAGCAAGUACUUCAAUGAUCUCAAACAGCACAUGAUUCUGAAGCACAAAUGUGCCGAGUCGCACAUCUGUAAAGUGUGCAAACAGGGCUUCUCCAGUGAUGACUUGCUUUCAGAACACGCGAAGAUCCACGAGGAGCAGCUGAGCUGUAAGCACUGCGACUACAAGACCAAUUCCUUUGAGAGCCUUAACCAUCAUGUGGCCGAUGUGCAUUUCAAUGACUUUCUGUACUGGUGUGAGCAGUGCGACCUGCAGUUCUGCACUAGUAGCGAGCUGUACUUACACUUCCAGGAGCACAGCUGUGAUGAGCAGUACUUAUGCCAGUUCUGUGAGCAUGAGACCAACGAUCCGGAAGACCUCCAUAGCCAUGUGGUGAACGAACACACCUGUCGCUUGAUCGAGCUAAGCGAUGCUUAUAAUAGCGGGGCUCGCGGGCAGUUCAGCCUCUUAAACAAAAUCAACUUUGAUAAGUCCAAAAACUUUUUUGUCUGUCAAGUAUGUGGCUUCAGCAGCAGGCUCCACACCAAUGUCAAUAGGCACGUAGCGAUAGAACACACCCGAUUCUACCCUCACGUUUGUGAUGACUGUGGAAAAGGGUUCUCUGGGAUGCUGGAAUACAGCCAGCAUUUAAAUUCUCAUUCAUCUGAAGGCGUCUACCUAUGCCAGUAUUGCGAAUAUUCCACGGGCCAGCUGGAAGAUCUGAAGACGCAUUUAGAUUUUAGACACUCUGCAGACAUGCCCCAUAAAUGCAGCAAUUGCCUGCUGAGGUUUGGGUCAGAAGAUGAACUUAAAAGUCAUCUCGUGACUCACGAUUUGGGGAAUUAAGAAGUAGACUAGAUUAUUGUGCUUUUUGGUAGUUAUCGCUUCUAGCUCUACCAAAUAAAUCUUUCUCACGGUUGCUGGUGGCAAAUGCAUGCGGAUGUAAUUAUGUGUUAAAUUAAAUCUGACUCGCCUAUUUGUUGCAAAACGUGCGUUCUUGGAUAGUAACUUUCACAGUAAUAAAUAACACUCCGAAUUAGUUUGCAAUCAGUAUUUAAAAGUAAAAAAAAAAAAAUACUCCGUACUUGGUGAAAGAUUUCUGAUUUUUCCAGUGGACAUUGUUACUGUAUAUUUAUGAAAAUGAAUUUGCAUGGACUUGAAUCAUACAAAAAAGAAAACUUAUUGGACUAGACAAAUGCCAUUUGUGGGGAAUCUUUUUAAUCUUCUGCUCACACAGCUGAAUGCACCUUACAUGUAUGAACGGUCACAUUAUAGGAAAUGUAUAAGGUGUGUCUUUCAAAAAGGAGAAUAGCUUGUACCUUGCAAUCAUGCACCCGUGCUGUUAUUAAAUAAGUGUCUAAAUUGGAAAAUACAUUUAUUCUGUUGCAUAAAAAAAGAUGAUCUUUACUAUGUGGGCAAGUCAUGCAGAGAAUUCUUAAGUGCAGUGCAGCGUGUGACCUUAUUGUGUACCUGCUUUAUUUACAGCUUUGUGGUGGGCAGUCGCCUGUGUACGGUCUGAUAAAUCUGCAAAAUUAAAAUUAUUGUUAAACA